GCUCUGCGCGCUGUGUCUCUGUAUUGUGAGGUCAUGACGUUGUGGCCCCCCUCCCUGUAUAAAUACUGUCCCCGCGCUGGGGAGGGGACAGUUACAGGUUCGUUGGAAAAGGAGGAGGACGUAGAGACCGGCUGAUUGGAGCGGAAGUGUUUUUCAAGGGAUUUGUUCCUAAAAGUGAAAAGUAAGGGGAAAUGGCCCGUACCAAGCAGACUGCCCGUAAAUCCACUGGUGGCAAAGCUCCACGUAAACAACUGGCUACCAAAGCUGCUAGGAAAAGUGCUCCCUCUACUGGUGGAGUCAAGAAACCUCAUCGUUACAGGCCUGGCACUGUGGCAUUGCGUGAGAUUCGUCGUUACCAAAAGUCCACAGAGCUUCUGAUUCGCAAGCUUCCGUUUCAGAGGCUGGUAAGGGAGAUUGCCCAAGACUUCAAGACAGACUUGAGGUUCCAGAGUGCAGCCAUUGGUGCACUGCAGGAAGCUAGUGAAGCAUAUCUGGUGGGUCUCUUUGAAGACACAAACCUGUGUGCCAUCCAUGCCAAGAGAGUCACCAUCAUGCCCAAAGACAUCCAGUUGGCUCGUAGGAUACGGGGGGAGAGGGCUUAAGAGGAGGCAGUUUUUAUGGUGUUUUGUAGUAAAUUCUGUAAAAUACUUUGGUUUCAAUUUGUGACUUUUUUUGUAUGAAAUUGUUUAUAAUAUGUUACAUUUGUACUUAAGUCAUUCCAUCUUUCACUCAGGAUGAAUGCUAAAAAGUGACUGUUCACAUAACUCAGUGAUGUGAGCCUUGUUGCUCGGCAGUGACAAGUUGCUAAUAUGCAGAAGGGAUGGGUGAUCUUUCUUGCUUUUUAUGCAUGUUUCUGUAUGUUAAUGACUUGUUGGGUAGCUAAAAUUGUAAGGUACUAGAAUUGAUAUAAAUGUGUACAGGGUCUUUUUGCAAUAAAACUGGUUAUAACUUGAUCCAAGUGUUUAACAAUUGGGGCUGUUAAGUCUGACCAUACAUCACUGUGACAAAUGUGGACUUUCAGAAGGGUGAAACUACAAGUCUUAACCACAGUGUAACUUACAGUUUCCUAAAAACGUAAACCUGGCAGCUAUAGAAUACACUAUGUGCAUUUAUAAUAGCUAUUUUAUAUAUUGUAGUGUCAACAUUUUUAAAUUAAAUGUUUUACAUUCA